CACACACACACACACACACACACACACACACACACACACACACACACACACACACACACACACACUGACUUGCUCUCCGCGGAUUCUUCAACGCGCUUGGAACCAAAAAAGCGAAGCAAGCGACAGCGUGUGGGCGACAAGUCCCGUCCAUCUUCCUCUUCUUGUUAUUCUUCUCCUCUUUUCCACCGAUUUCAAUCAUUUUUCCAGCUGCCCCUUUUUUUAAAAGAGGUUCCCUGCCUUGCCUCCGCGGACGAAAAUGGAUUUUUUUACCGGAGAGUUUUUGAACGCGUUUAACGCGGUCCACUGUUUAUAGUCAGACCUACCGGGAGCUCGCAUGGACAGCGCGCUGUAAACUUGCCUGUUGCAGCCCCGGAAGCCUUGUGAGGAGGAUCGCACGGACGCGCAAGCCCCUUUUUCCCCUCUCCCACACUGCCGAGCCCACGUCUUGCUUCACUGUGAUAUCCAGCGAGCAGGGAAAACCGGAGGGGAGAAGCGAAGCCUUUCUUUUUUUAAUCUUAAAUUAAUUUAUUUUUUUGAAGGUGUUGUAACACAACCUACUCUGCUGUGUUACAAAAAAAACUGAUCCGAUCCAUGCCUGAGCCCUGAAAGAGCCUCGGGGAGAAGUGUGUGUGUGUGUCUGUGUAAGGAGAGCGCUGCUAUCAAAGCAACGAGGAAUCCCCAGGCAGCAGCCUCGGAUCUCCGGGGCGAAAGAGAGAACUCUUGUCAGCCCCCCCACCCCCGGAGCAAGCAUGCCGCGGAGGAAACAAGAAGCGCCCCGACGAGCCUCAGCCUACGUCCCUGAGGAUGAGAAGGAGGCCGCCCUGCGCGAGGAGGACCAGGAGGGAGAUGACUCCGCCCAGGAAGGGGAGGAACCCUCCACCAAGUUCCUGUGUCCGGACAAAGAAUACCUUCUCAAAGACCGACCCGGCUCAGCCGACUUCAACGACUCCCCCGCCGCCGCCGACCUCUCGGGUCAGGAGCUGGACAGCGAGUCGCACCUCAGCGAGUCCAGUGACAGGAUGUCCGACUUUGAGAUCUCGUCCUUGAAAAACGACGACGCCGUUCUCAUGGCUAAAGACCCCAUGAAUCCCCUCUUGCUGUCCCCUGCCUCUGUCCUGAUGGCCGCCGCAAACUCCGCCGUCCCGCCCAGCGUGGACAACGCGCUUUUAUCCACGACGGGACAAGUGGCCGACAGCCUGGAAAAGAUGAAGGCCAUCUACACUUCGUUUCUGACCAACUCCUACUGGUCUACACUGAACUUGAACAUGAACAUGACAGCAGCUCAGCCCGCGGAGAAGCCACCUCGUAGCCACAGCAGCAGCAGCAGCAGCAGUAGCAGCAGCAGCUGUGGGAGCGGAGGCUACGACUGGCAUCAGACGGCCGUGGCCAAAUCCCUCCAGCAGGCUUCGCAGAACCACCAAAACCGCAUGGGGAUGGCCCAGCAACCGACGGUGGCAGUGAACACAGCAUCUACAGAGCCUCAUCUGUUUAGCACCGUCCAGCUGUACCGACAGAGCACCAAACUGUACGGCUCCAUAUUCACUGGUGCCAGCAAGUUCCGAUGCAAGGACUGCAGCGGCGCAUACGACACGCUAGUGGAGCUGACCGUGCACAUGAACGAGACUGGCCACUACCGGGACGAUAACUACGAGACGGACAGGGAGGGUACCAAGCGCUGGUCAAAACCGAGGAAGCGUUCCUUGCUCGAGAUGGAGGGGAAGGAGGACGCACAGAAGGUCCUCAAGUGCAUGUACUGUGGCCACUCCUUUGAAUCCCUGCAAGACCUCAGUGUCCACAUGAUUAAGACGAAACACUACCAGAAAGUGCCUCUGAAAGAGCCUGUUACACCAGUGGCUGCGAAGAUCAUCUCCUCUUCCCGAAAGAGAGCCCCUAUUGAGCUCGACCUUCCCAGCUCACCUGACUCCAACGGAGGUACACCCAAGCCCAACAUAUUCACUGAGUCUAAUGACAUUCUUCAGAAAGCCUCAAACCCGUACAUCACAGCCAACAACCGGUAUGGACACCAGAACGGAGCUAGCUAUGCCUGGCAGUUUGAAUCAAGGAAGUCACAGAUCCUCAAAUGCAUGGAGUGUGGCAGUUCUCAUGAUACACUGCAAGAGCUGACAGCCCACAUGAUGGUGACCGGCCACUUUAUUAAAGUCACCAAUUCGGCUAUUAAAAAAGGAAAGCCCAUCAUAGAUUCACCCUCCCCAGCUCCAAUCGCCAUGUCAAUUGAGGAAAAGUUCCAGUCGGUUCCCUUAGCGGCUACAACUUUCUCCCCUCCCCCUGCCCCUCUGCCUCCCCCAACCAGCAUCUCACCCACACCAAUGGCUGUUGUGAUAAAGAAGGAGGAAAAAGAAGAGGAAUGUACUAAAGAGAUAAUUACCAACAAUGGUAACAGCAACACUAAAGAGAAGAAGAUAGUGUGUGAUGAUGAGACUGAAGAGAAAUUUGACAUUUCCUCAAAAUAUUCAUAUCUCACAGAGGAGGACUUGGAUGAUAGUCCCAAAGGUGGGUUUGAUAUACUCAAGUCCCUGGAGAAUACUGUUACCUCAGCUAUAAACAAAGCCCAGAAUGGUGCCCCCAGUUGGGGUGGCUACCCAAGCAUCCAUGCAGCCUACCAACUCCCCAACAUCAUGAAGCUCUCUCUGGGCAACACUGGCAAGAGUCUCCCUCUCAAAUACAUGUUCCCCGGCGGGGACAUCCUGUCUCCAACAUCCAAAAUACAGCCACUAAUGUCCCCUCCAAGCAGACAGAAUUCACCUCUGCCUAAGAACAACUUUCAUGCUAUGGAGGAGCUGGUCAAAAAGGUGACAGAGAAAGUAGCCAAGGUUGAAGAAAAGAUGAGGGAGCCCACUGGAAUCGUGCAGUCUUCCCCACUAAGACGCACUAGCCCUUCACCCUGUAGCAGUGAGGCAGGGGAAUCAAACAGGGGACCAUCUCCCAAAGAGAGGAGAGUAUGUGGCUCCAAUACCCCGGAUAAUGUUGCAGCAGGAGACAAAGUUGCAGCAGCAAUGGGCAACAGAGUCAAUCACAGAGAUUCAAACGGUGACAUCCCUAGUAAGGAGGGCAUGGAGAACGGCGUGGAUUCAACUGGCGUGACAUCCCCUAUUUCCUCCAGCCUUUGUGGUAGCACAGCCAUCAUUACGGAUCACCCUCCGGAACAGCCGUUUGUCAACCCCCUGAGUGCGCUGCAGUCGGUGAUGAAUGUCCACUUGGGAAAGGCCGCAAAGCCAGCCCUGCCUUCCCUCGAUCCCAUGAGCAUGCUGUUCAAGAUGAGCAACAGCUUGGCUGAGAAGGCGGCCGUGGCGGCAUCCACUCCCGCAACACAGGCCAAAAAACACGGCAACGACCACAUGGACCGCUACUACUACCAGCAGCACCUAAACACCAAUGACCAGCCCAUUGACCUGACCAAAGGAAAGAGCGCUGACAAAAGUAGCAACAACGGCUCUCUGGGCUCAGUGGCUCUGUCCUCGUCUACAUCCACACCAACCUCUAUUUCUCCUUCCGCCACCAUCACCAUGGCCAAAGCUUCGGCAGCAGUAGCUUCCUUCAUGUCCAAUUCCCCCCUGAGGGAGAACGCUUUGUCAGACAUCUCGGACAUGCUUCGGAACCUGACGGAGAGCCAGGCCAUGUCCAAGUCCUCCACACCAAGCAGCCUGUGUGAACGCCCGGACAUUGAGGGUGCUACGCAGGAGGAGAUGGAUGAAAUAUCCCCUGCACAGAAGCGUAAAGGCCGCCAGUCCAACUGGAAUCCACAACAUCUCCUCAUCCUGCAGGCCCAGUUUGCCUCCAGUCUGCGGCAGACGAAUGAUGGCAAGUACAUCAUGUCAGACCUGAGUCCCCAGGAGAGGAUGCACAUCUCUCGGUUCACCGGCCUGUCCAUGACCACCAUCUCCCACUGGCUGGCCAACGUCAAGUAUCAGCUGAGGAGAACGGGUGGCACCAAGUUCUUAAAGAACUUAGACUCGGGUCACCCCGUGUUCUUCUGUAGUGACUGUGCUUCACAAAUCCGCUCGCCAUCCACUUACGUGAGCCACCUCGAGUCUCACCUGGGUUUCCGUCUCCGAGACCUGGCCAAACUGUCCGGGGAGCAGCUUCUCAGCCAGAUCUCCCAGCAGCAUCAUCAGCAGCGCCACACCAAAGGACUAUCCGAAAAACUGCUGUCCAACCUCAGUCCCUCCAGCCACCCGUUGUCCUCCUCCCUUCCCAUCUCCCUUCCCCUGGCCAACUCCCCAUCGCCGUCGCCCGACGAGGAGGGAAGCGGGGCCAUGCAUCAGUGCAGGCUGUGCAACCGGACUUUUGCUAGCAAGCACGCGGUCAAGCUUCACCUGAGCAAGACCCACGGGAAAUCCCCGGAGGACCACCUCAUGUAUGUGUGUGAGCUGGAGAAAUAGAGGUGAUGGCAUGGGGACAAUGCUGAACUUUAUCUUAUGUAUUUCUCCCUCACUCCAACCCUGUCUCUUACGUUUUUACAAACAUUUAUUUUGAAGGACCAUCAAAAGUGACUGAAAUGCACAAAAAGGUGCCAUACAACUACUGCUUCGCAUUUAGGCACAUGGUUUUUUCCUGUUUUGUUAUUAUUGUUGUAGUUUAUUUCCUGUUCAUUUCUUUUUCAACGUGAGUUUGACUCAACACAUUUAAGUGACUUGUGUUUUGUGCUUUUUUAUUUGAGGAAAAAAGCAUUUUUAAGAAGACAAAAGCUGUUGUCAUUGAUGGUAUUCAGUAAAUGAAGGUUUAAAAAUAGAUUCUAAAAUGAAGUGAUGUGUAUUUUAAAACUUGUGUAAAGUUCCUUUAUAUUUUGGCAUCACUGGGGUGUAAUUAAGCUGCAUGCAUAAAUGAAACAAUUUAGUUAAAGCGUUAUAACUAAAUCUGGUGCACUUUCCAUUAUUUGAUUUUUGUAUUCCACUUGUUCCUCCUUUAACUUGCUCUUGUUCAGUUUUCAUUGUUUUUUGUUAAAUUGUUCUUUUUUUGUUCUUUUAUUUUGUUUCUGAAACAUUUUAUGCUGGUUUCAGCGUCCUAAAGUUUAACCCUCUGAGUACGUCAAAGCACUUCUGCAACUAAAGAUAAACGGUAUCAACAUGAGAUUGGAGAUUGGGAAUGGAAUGACUGUUGUCACUGAAUUUGUGACAAACAGACACUUAUCUGCAUUGUCCAUGUUUCACAGACCCAUAUUCAGGCAAAUCCUAGACCACAUUGUUCUGUUUUCUUUUGCUCUUAUGAGUCAUAAGCUUAAUCUUUGUCUGGAUUUUUCCCCCAAAAGUCUUGAAAUAAGCAUUGUAGCUUUCUGAUGCAAAAAAAAAAAGAAAACACAACAAAAAUGUAACGGAUGAAAAGACAAAACAAAAUUGAAUAGAAAUUUGAAGUCUUUUCUUGUCAUUCGAUCAGGGACCUUAAUGUAUUCAGGUCUGUGUACAAAUUAUGUAUAUAAAAACAUAUAAAGUAAUUCCUGUCUAAAUUAUGCAUCGUUUCUAUAUUUUUAAUUUAAGAGGAUUAAUGACUAUCUGCUGGUGCACAAUAUAUGAAGACAUUAAUACAAUUGUUUUGCACAAUAGUUUUAUAAACGUGUUAUUUAAUCAAGUGAUAUGAUGGGACGAGGCAAAAAACAUUAAAAAGAACACAACAGUUGAUUCUUUUUAUUUACAGCUCGUGCUCAAAGGGUUAAAGACUCUUUUUACAAGACACUACUUUACAUGUGCCACUGUAUGAACAAUUAAAAAAAAGAUAUUAAAGGUUGUAAAAAAGAUCCUACUUUAUGAAGAAAUGUCACAUGUAAUCUCUUAUUUAUAUGAACUCUUGGUUGUUGUUUCAUAUCGCUGAAUACGUUUUUUUUUUCGAUUGGUCCUUUUUUUUUGUACUGACUAAUUACUUUCCCAUGAUUCAACACUGCAGCUUUAUCUUUUCCGGGAUAUGAAAGGGUAACCAUGGUUACUCCAACCUCUUGAGUGAUAAGUUCUGCCAAUUUAUGGCUGUAAAUUUGCAGAACUAACUGACAGCUGCCUGUAGAGCAAUGGAAAAAACGAAGAAAAUCCUUAUGUGUAAAAUAUUGGCAUGUAAACAGCACAGAUACUGUUAUGCAUUCUGUGCCGUGAGUCUUUUCUUUUGUUUCCUUUUUUUUGUGGUCCUUCUUCUUCUUGACAAUGAACACCCAUUAUAUGACUUCAUAUAACCUUGUUUUCUACUGCAGCAUUAAAAAAGGAACUCGUUUUUUUGCA